AUGCGUGUCGUGGCGUGGUGGCUCUGUGUCGCCGCGCUCGUGCCGCUGGCGGUGCAGGCGGCCGCGAACGCAACGGCGAUGCCUGUUCUUGCGCUCGUCCCCACGAACAUCUCCUCGUCAUGCUACACGCUGCUGACGCAGCUGGACGAGGACCACGUAUUCGACGAGUGCACACAGCCACUGAUCAACGCGACGAAUGCCUUUGCGACGUCGUCGCAGGGCCCGCAGCCCGCGAAUAUGUCGAGCGCGCUGCAGGGCCUGUGCGCGGCCAACGACGGGUGCGAUCGCCCGCUCGUGCACCAGUUUAUCGCGCAGUUCUGGGACCAGUGCGCCGACGAGCUCGAGGCACGGCAGGACCAGGUCGUCCAGCUGUACGAAUACCUGUACAUCUUCAUUCCAUUCCGCGAUGCGAUCUGCUCCCGGAACCAGCAGGGCGACUAUUGCCUCUCGGCGCUCGCGCCCAGCAUGGCGGGCGAUGCUGACACCGACAUGGUCCAGCUGUACCGCCGCGGCGUGCCGGACGUGGAUGCGAACGACGUCGAGAGCGAUGCGUACUGGGAGCGCGUCCUCCCGUCGAUCCCCCGCGCAUCGACGCUCGCCGCCAAGGCGCCCGACCUGCCCACGCUGCAGCCACAGCAGGUCUUCUUCUUUCUCUCGGGCUCCUCGCCCAAGGACACGCUCUGCACCGAAUGCGCGCACCAUGUGCUGGCGUCGUACAUCCGCUUUGAGCUGUCCGCACCCUUCGCGCUCGGCCUCGACUCGUCGCCCGUCCUCCAGUCGCAGCAGGCCAUAUACGAGCAGGCAAAGAAGGUGUGUGGCGCCUCGUUCGUCGAGCAACUCAAUGCCGAGGCGGGCAUCCAGGCAUUCUCCGAGCCGGCCUCCGGCGCAGCAUCCCUCUCGCCGCCGCGCCUGUACGCCCUGGCGGCCGCACUCGCCCUGCUCCUCUGUACUGUAUAG